CCUUUUCGAUCGCCCGUAUGGCUCCAGACGUCGGAGCGUCAAUGGCGUCUCGCGACUGCUGGGGCCGUACACUAAAGGAGCACGAGUUGAGAUCGAUGUCGAGGGUCGGUAAAAAAGUCAACCGAUGCAGAUGGAUGCACGCACUGAGGGCGCAGGCUGGCAUCAGUGCGGGGUCAUUCGGGCAUGCAGAGCGACUCACGCCUGCAGCAUGAUGAAAGCCAUCAUACUGG